CCCGUUAGAAGAAGUAAUAAAAAAAAUUCUGCAUUUGUCAGUAGAUUUCAGUGUUUAUAAGCCAAAUACUAGCUUUGAACAGUUGUUCGGAGGGCACGUGAUGUUUAUUUCCACUUCUAGUGUAGUAAUACUAAGGAGGAGAUUUAUGAACCACGAGAGUUUUUGGUGAGCAGUUAUCCCAACACUGAUAUGGUAUCUUUGAUGUUAUUGCUAACUGCUAUGAAAGAAAAGAAAUAGUGAUCAAAAGGACAAAGGGAAGAACAACAUUGGCGUGCUGAGAAGUCCAACUGCACUUUUUUUUGGACCACAGAUGAAGCGAACUCGAAGGCGUAUGUGGGAGGGAUGACUGAUGAGGGAUGCUAGUGACAUUGAUGAACUUGUUGCGGGCGUGCUGGCGACCGUCAUCGAACCGGCAUGCCCGAACAGGCUCAGAUGCUGCCGGUAGGCAGGAUGGACUUCUAUGGUACAAGGAUACCGGGCAGCAUGUCAAUGGAGAAUUCUCCAUGGCUGUUGUCCAAGCCAAUAACUUACUUGAGGACCAGUGUCAGAUUGAGUCGGGUCCAUUGAGCUUUCUAGAUUCUGGACCAUACGGCACUUUCGUUGGCGUUUACGAUGGACAUGGUGGUCCAGAGACAGCUUGCUACAUCAACGAUCAUCUCUUCCAGAAUCUGAAAAGGUUUGCAUCUGAGCAGAAUUCAAUGUCUGCUGAUGUCCUGAAGAAAGCAUAUGAAGCUACAGAAGAUGGAUUCUUCUCUGUUGUUACCAAACAGUGGCCUAUAAAGCCUCAGAUAGCGGCUGUGGGCUCAUGCUGCCUUGUCGGUGUAAUUUGUGGUGGCAUGCUUUAUGUUGCCAACGUUGGGGAUUCCCGUGUUGUUUUAGGAAGACAUGUUAAGGCCACUGGAGAAGUUUUGGCUGUCCAACUGUCAGCAGAGCAUAACGUAAGUAUUGAGUCAGUGAGAAAGGAACUGCAGUCAAUGCACCCGGAUGAUAGGCAUAUUGUUGUUCUCAAGCACAAUGUUUGGCGUGUAAAAGGACUAAUUCAGGUCUGCAGAUCAAUCGGUGAUGCUUAUUUGAAAAAGCAAGAGUUCAACAGGGAACCUCUAUAUGCAAAAUUUCGCCUCCGCGAACCUUUUCACAAGCCUAUACUAAGUUCGGAACCGUCAAUCAGUGUGCAACCACUACAACCACAUGAUCAGUUUCUCAUAUUUGCAUCUGAUGGUCUUUGGGAGCACUUAACCAACCAAGAGGCUGUUGAUAUUGUUUGCAGUAGCCCUCGCAAUGGCUGCGCUAGGAAGUUGAUAAGAGCGGCACUGCAAGCAGCAGCCAAGAAAAGAGAGAUGAGGUACUCGGACCUCAAGAAGAUUGAUCGGGGUGUUCGCCGCCACUUCCACGACGACAUAACAGUCAUAGUAGUGUUCCUUGACUCCAGCCUCGUAAGUAGGGCAAGCACGAACCGAGGUCCCGCUCUUUCCCUGCGAGGCGGGGGGGCCAGCAUGCGCAGCAACACGCUCACACCAACGUAACUAGAGGGGCGGAGAUGACGCACCUUUCUGAAGAAGGUUAUUUUUCCAUGUGUUUAAUGUGUUAUGUAUGUAUCGGCCAAGACCACACAUCCCCUCAACGUUGUAAAGAAAUAGGAGACGCAGAUAAGCUCCUAUCCCGGUGUCCCUUAAUUGACAGUAAUGUAUGUGUCAAGGUUGGUUCAAUUCAAUAGGUUCUCAGUUGUUCUGAUGGUGCUCCCUGGAAAGCGUGAAAAUCUUCCACCUGGAAAGGCUAGUGUGUGUUCAUUCCAGUGGUGGAAUUAACCUAGUGCAUAUAUUAUAUAUGAAAUAAUAAUCAGCAGCCAAAAGCAGAGGAGUAACUUGUUUAACUGAUGGUGUCAAGUGUAUGUAUGUUUUGUAUCUAUACUGUAUUGAUGACUCGCUGAAUCUAAACUAUUGUCUGUUGACCACUGGUGAAGUGAAAUUGCUGAUGUCAUCUUAUUCUU